GUCAACGAGCGAGCUCAACCAGGAAGUUAUAGAAUCCUAGCUCAAAGAAGGGUUAUUUUCUCAUCGUUGAGCCGAAGAAACACAAAUAAAAUAGCGUUAAUUACAAAAGGUAACGUCGAGAAUAUGAAACUGUUGAUGUUUGAAAGUUCGCCCACUGUAGAUAAUUAGUAAAGUGCCUCUGAACAAGAGCAGAAUGGAUAUCUUCAACAUCAGUGGAGGCUCAUACACGGAAAAUCUCAUCGGGACUUUACUCUCUAUUUUUGGGAACGUGCUCGUUAGCAUCUCCUUAAGUAUUCAGAAAUACAGCCACGUGACAUUAGCUGGAGCGAAGGAUCCACGUGCCUUCUACUCCACUAAAACCUGGUGGUGUGGUUUUGUACUGACCUGUCUUGGGGAAGGGGCAAACUUUGUCUCUUAUGCCUACGCCCCACUCGCCCUCAUAGCACCUCUCAAUGCUGUGUCUGUUCUGACUAGCUCAAUUUUGGGUCUUAUUUUCCUGCGUGAAAAAUCUAAACCAAGUGACUUUGCAAAGCGCUAUGGGCUGUCCUUCCUGGGCUGUGUCAUAAUCAUAGGAGGAACAUACCUCUUUGUAGCCUUUGGACCAAACACUCAUGAAAAACUCCAAGCAGAGAACAUUGUGAGGCACCUCGUAGGAUGGCCUGUUCUCUUGUAUCUGCUCCUGGAGAUCAUCACGUUCUGCCUGCUUUUGUACUUCUACAAACGGCGUAACACUAACUAUGUCGUUAUUAUUCUGCUGCUGGUCGCCCUACUUGGCUCUGUCACAGUCAUCACAGUGAAGGCGGUGUCGGGCAUGUUGGUACUCACCGCCGAGGGCAACAUGCAGCUCGACUACCCCAUCUUCAGUGUCAUGCUUGUGUGCAUGGUGGCUUCAGUGGUCUUCCAAGCCAGAUUUCUCACCCAAGCCUGUAAGCUCUACGAUUCCUCUCUGAUUGCUAGUGUCAACUACAUCCUCUCCACCACCAUUGCUGUGGGAGCUGGAGCGGUGUUUUACUUAGAGUUUAUGAAAGAAGAUGUCCUUCACAUCUGCAUGUUUUCAUUGGGAACUGCGUUGUGUUUCUUGGGAGUCUUUCUCAUCACCAGAAACAGGAAAAAGCCCAAGACCUUUGAGCCGUAUGUCACUAUGGACAUGACUAAAGGUGUGCCGACUAUUCAUGACAAGGGCCUGAUGGUGCAACCAGAGUUUGGUGCUUCUUUCUCCUAUGGGGCUCUGGUCAACAACGAUGGAAUGGCUCCUGUGACUCUACCAGUCACCGACCUUGAACAAUCCCCUGACGGCCCUAACUCCACUCAUAUAUCUUAUGACCUUCCUGACCUGAAGAAAGAUUAGAACCAAAGAUUUCUUUUCGUUAUCUUUCUUUACUCAGUUAAACCAUAACCUGCAUUCAAGGACCUUGAAAAACCAAACGAGUCAUGGUUGGUCGUUUUCACACGUACAACAGACCAGCAAUUCUCCCAUAAGAAAGCGUCCACUGGGUGUUUAUCACUUUGCACUUCUCUCCAGUUACGUUUUUUAUAAGGGGGCAAGAUGUCUGCUGUAUUCAUUCCUAAAUGAAAAGAAGAAAGUUAAUGCUUGUGGAUGAAGACCGCAGAAAGGGGCUUACUGCCUCGCACUGUGACUUAGUUUGAUAUUUGCAGAUAAGACUCACUCUCACGACUGUUAAACAGGUUUGUUCUCAUUCACUCAUGUAUAUGGGAACAUGUAGUAUCUGUACUCCCUUUCAGGAUUUUAAGUUACUCCCUAACGUCCAGGAUCAAGUAACAUGAAGAUGUAGCUGCAGAUUUUUCAAACUUGCCAAUGAACAUUUGGAUUUUUAUUCUUUGCCUCUUCUACAAGUGGUUUUCACUCCACAGUGUCUUGUUCUCUGGGUUUAACUGUAGUUAGUGACUAAACAAUGGGUGCAAUUGUUUUUAUUUAUUGUAUUUAUUGAUUUUCAACUUUGUUCUCAAUGUGCCUUGAAAGGUAGCUUUACACUGGACACCGGUCAACUGCAGUAGGUCUAUUCCUGUCAAGAGUAAAUAUAAAUAAUAAAUAAGUUUGAACCUUU